AGUUUCCAUUGCACCGCCGCCAUGGAUUUGGGAAGGCGAGAUUUAACGAUAUAAAUACGUCUGCGAAAAUCGUAAAGCUGCACAUUGUAAAAAUGUAAAAUGAUCGGUGGAGUCGAUGGGCAAGUUACUUACAACCGCCUCGACAAAGAUUUGAUUUUACAAUACAGCCGCAGUCGGCCCAUUGGGAACAGAACGACAUGACAGCGUUUAUUACCGGGCAACUACCUGCCAAUUUAAUGUGAUUUGAGUUCACACCUAUAAUUUCCACUGCACAAGAGAUUACAUAUUUGGGAAUAUAAUUCCACGGCAGGUUUUUAUUUGGCAUGUUUCAUUCCGUCCAGGCCAUCCCUAUUGUUAAGUACACUGAAGUUCUUUCCUCGAUUUUGAAAACAAAAAUUCCUUAUCUGAGAUCCUCCACGCUAUAGAGUCGGGCUACACCAGCUUGAAGGGGACGUGUUAAAUGAUUGCAGAGGCUGUAAACAGUCUAAUUGGGCUCGUUCUGUGGCUGGAGCUCCAUGUGAAAGGAUGCUUGCUUGCUAUUGAUAAACUACCAGUGGAUGUCGUUGUUUUCGCUCCGUAUGUGUAUGUGUGUGUGUGUGUGUGCAAUGACACUCUCCGUCAGGGCACAGGAUGACCUCGAGCUAGCAGGAGUUGUGCACGUCAUUCACUUUCUAUGCAGACACAAGGCGUAGAGACAGAGUCCCAAAGGAAAGGGAGACUCUCCUUGAUACAGGGGCCGCGGGAAUGACGGAUGAACACUAUAGAAAACGCUCUCCCAGCUGAAGCAAGCGGCAUCGGUAUUUGCAUUGUUCCGCUUUCCAUCAAAGCGUCCUUUUUACAGGAUCGUUCGUCACGGAAAUCGAGGCUGCACUGUCAAGGCAGAACAAGAUGCUGUGGAGUUUCUGGGAGUUUGUGUGCGUUUUUGCGGGUUUCGGUUGCCUGGCGGAGGGAGUCCGCGGGGGCUAUGGCAUGAGCAUGUUUGCAGCCCAGCAGACACCCCCAGACCCCUGUUACGACGAGAACAGCAGCCCCAGGCGCUGUAUCCCCGACUUCGUCAACUCGGCGUUCGGCAAAGAAGUGAAAGUCUCCAGCACUUGCGGCAACCCCCCGUCCAGGUACUGCGUGGUGACCGAGAAGGGAGACGAGCGCUUCAGGAGCUGUCACAUCUGUGACGCCAUGGAUCCCAAAAAGGCUCACCCUCCAGCCUACCUGACCGACCUCAACAACCCCCACAACCUGACCUGCUGGCAAUCGGAGAACUACAUCCAAUACCCCCAGAAUGUCACCCUCACCCUCUCGCUGGGCAAGAAAUUCGAAGUCACGUACGUGAGCCUCCAAUUCUGCUCCCCGCGUCCUGAGUCAAUGGUCAUCUACAAAUCCAUGGACUACGGCAAAUCCUGGGUCCCCUUUCAGUUCUACUCGACCCAGUGCAGAAAAAUGUACACCAAGCCCAACAAGGCUGUGAUCACGAAGCAGAAUGAGCAGGAGGCUAUCUGCACUGACUCCCACACUGACAUGCAUCCAUUCACUGGGGGCUUGAUCGCUUUCAGCACCUUGGACGGUCGCCCCUCGGCUCACGAUUUUGACAACAGCCCUGUCCUCCAAGACUGGGUGACCGCCACCGAUAUCAAAGUGGCCUUCAGCCGCCUCCAUACCCUCGGGGAUGAGAACGAAGACGACUCGGAGCUCGCCCGCGAGUCCUAUUAUUACGCCGUCUCCGAUCUGCAGGUCGGAGGCCGCUGCAAGUGCAACGGUCACGCUUCCCGGUGCAUCAAGGACCGGGACGGUAACCUGGUCUGUGACUGCAAGCACAACACCGCUGGCCCGGAGUGUGACAGAUGUAAACCUUUCCACUACGAUCGACCCUGGCAAAGGGCCACGGCCAGAGAGUCCAACGAGUGUGUGGCUUGCAACUGUAACCUGCAUGCACGGCGGUGCCGUUUUAACAUGGAACUCUUCAAACUUUCUGGUCGGAAGAGUGGAGGAGUCUGCUUAAACUGCCGUCACAACACUGCAGGUCGCCACUGCCACUACUGCAAGGAAGGCUACUAUCGUGACAUGACCAAACCCAUCACUCACAGAAAGGCAUGCAAAGCAUGCGAUUGCCAUCCGGUGGGUGCAGCUGGCAAGACCUGUAACCAAACAACAGGUCAAUGUCCCUGUAAAGAUGGUGUGACCGGCAUCACAUGCAACAGAUGUGCGAAAGGUUAUCAGCAAAGUCGAUCUCCCAUUGCCCCUUGCAUAAAAAUUCCAGUGGUCCCACCUACCACUGCUGCUAGCAGCACAGAGGAAUCUGCCGACUGUGACUCAUACUGCAAGGCUUCCAAGGGAAAACUGAAAAUAAAUAUGAAAAAGUAUUGCAAGAAAGAUUAUGCUGUUCAAGCCCACAUCUUGAAGGCAGAGAAGGCUGGUGAAUGGUGGAAGUUUACAGUGAAUAUCAUAUCAGUCUACAAACAAGGGGUGAAACGGAUACGGCGUGGAGAUCAAUUCCUCUGGGUCCGCUCAAAGGAUGUAGCUUGCAAAUGCCCAAAAAUAAAAACAGGGAAGAAGUAUCUCCUCCUGGGGAAUGAUGAGGACUCUCCUGACCAGAAUGGGGUUGUAGCAAACAAAACCAGCUUGGUGAUACAAUGGAGGGACACGUGGGCAAGGAGACUGCGAAAGUUCCAACAGAGGGAGAAGAAAGGCAAGUGCAAGAAGGCAUAAACAGAGACUGUGCUGCUUGGUUGUGAGCAGGAACCGAUGUUAGGAUAAAAUUAGGAACUUGUGAAGGAACUCAUCUAGCAGUUUGGGAUUUUGGAAUUGCCAAGUUUGCACCUAAUGCUGAUUUCAAAUUAAAAAAUAAACAAGAUACAAAUAAAGAUGGACUACACUUUACAUUAAAGCUCACUGUCUGAUAUGAUGAAUAUUUGUUUCAUAACCAAAAUCCUUUCAUAGUUGCUCUUCUUUGCAAAUAGUAGUACGAGUUUUGUUAAAGGGGCACUACAUUUCAAACGGAUGAUUGAUAUUGGACAAUUGCUGGGAUUCAUGCCAAGACUGGUUUGAUCCCAACUUAAGCUGUCAACUUUUUAUUUGUGUAGUUAAGCCACAACGUUUCAUUUGCAAUCUUCUUUCCCCUCCCAGUUUAUAUCUGGCACAAUAUUAAAUG